AUGCCGCGGGGCUCGCCAGCCAUGGCAGUUGCUGCGGCUGUGCAGCGCCUGGCAUUGCUGGACCGCCGCCGGGUAGCACGUAGCAUCGCGGCCACGCUGCUGUUGAUUGCCGCUUCCAUCUUUCUUCGACUUCGUCGCAGGCUCCGAGGCGUGAACAAUUUGCCGCGGCUUCUCAAGAUCCGUGGGCCGCCAGUCCAUGUGGACGGUACAGCGAGUACCGGAGAUGCGGCCAGCGCAGGUGAAGUGGCAGCCAGGAAGGAGGCUGCCCCGCCCGAGGUGACCUGCGCCGUGCACAAUUUCGCCAUGUUCAACCUGGGCGAGAACGUUUCGUACCCCGAUGGUGAGCAGGGCGAAGUGGUGGGCAUCGAUGCAGACGGCGACCUGCAGGUCGUGACCCGAAAUGGUCGAAAGGCCACGUGGUAUGGCUCGAGAUGCUGUAAGGCACUGAGCAAAGGGAACAGAGUCCGUUAUGCCUGCGGCGAAGUCGCGGAGCUUAUGGGUUUUGAUGGAGAUGGCGACCUCAUUGUCCAGAAGAGCGACGGCAAGGUGGCUUGGUGGUACCUCGCUCGCACCGAGAGGCUGUUGAGCGUAGGGGAUCGCGUGACAUACGUUUGUGGUGAAGUGGCGAGCGUGGUCGGCUUCGAUGCCGAUGGCGACGUGAUUGUCCUCAAGCAGAAUGGCUGCCAAGCAACCUGGUUUGCGCACAAGUGCACGUAA